AUGGUGCAGGGCCUUCUGGACGAAAAGACGCUGCAACUUCAUACGACAUGCACCGUGAAUAUCGACUCGGCGCCAAAACGCACGGACUUUGGUGCACAGACGUCGUGUACCCUAGAGAUCACCGUCUUCGGGCCUUGGGAGCUAUUCGCGUCCAUCGGUCUGUGGUUCCAGGAAUAUGAUGUGUAUUUACAAGAUCCCCGAACCUGUCAUUUGGACGUGAAAUAUUGCAACCCACACAAACUUGCUUCCGGGGAUCUCGAAACCUGUCCCACACUUUCUGAGGUCACUUCUCGUAAGAUUGGACUCGGUUACAUGCAGGACAUUACUUCACGCCCGGAUUUGCUCGAUUUGCUCAAUGGCCAGAACGACCUCGAGGAGGCCCCGACGCCAUCAGUUAUACAAGCUCAUCUGCACAAGCAUCAGAGACAAGCUCUAACAUUCAUGCAACAGCGCGAGCAAGGCUGGGCUCUCGGGACCCAUACCUAUGAUAUUUGGGAGAUAUCUGACUCUACACAAGGUCGAUAUUUCAUUAACCGGAUCUCUAACACGCAUCAACAAGAUCCACCUCAGCAAUUUUCUGGGGGUAUAAUUGCAGAUCCAAUGGGCCUUGGCAAAACACUCACCAUGAUUGCUUUGGCCGCAAGCGACUUGGAUCACAAAAAUGUCGACCCGAUGGACCUUUCGUUCGGCCAUGACAGCAAGCCGAUGGUUCAGGCCACGUUGAUUGUUGUACCACAACCGUUGCUUGGUACGUGGGAAGAACAGUUAAGAGAUCACGUGAAGACAAAUGGGCUGAGGUUUUGUCGACAUCAUGGAAAGUCCCGACUAAAUACACUAUCGGAUAUCGACUCCAGGAACGUAGUGCUUACCACAUACCACACAUUAUCAGCAGACUGGCAAGCAGCGAAGGGGAAAGGUGAUCAUAUCGUCUUUUCCGUCAGGUGGAGAAGAGUAGUCCUAGAUGAAGCUCACAUCGUACGCAACCUCAAGGCUCGCAUGGCUCGUGCUAUCUGCGACCUUGAUGCAGUAUCGAGAUGGGCUGUUACCGGCACACCGAUUCAGAACAGCCUGAAUGACCUUGCAGCUCUUUUGAAGUUCAUACGAGCGUUUCCAUACGACGAGCCAAAACACUUCGACAGAGACAUUUCCAGGUUGUGGAAGUCAGGCGAGGACGCAGAGGCAGUCCAAAGGCUCAAAAGAGUGGCGAGAUGCCUCGUUCUGCGCCGCGCAAAACACACCAUUGAUCUCCCGCCACGCCACGACCAAAUUUGUGCGGUUGAGUUCAGUCCUGCGGAGAAGGUACUGUAUGAUACCAUCCGCCAGCAAACUAUCCGCAGAAUCGACGAUGCUCUUCAACAUGAGCUGGAGAUCUCAACUUCCGGGGUCUACGUCAACGUCCUCCAGCAGCUCGAAAGCAUGCGAUUAGUCUGCGAUCUCGGUCUGCACUAUCAGAGUCGGCACGAGAAGAAGCCGUCUCAUGAAAGUCUAGACUGGUCGAUUGUAGCACAAGAGACGUUCAACACUCAGCGUGAGAUGGAACCCAUCAUAUGCUCUCAAUGCACAUCCGCGCUUGAUCUCACUGGAACGUAUAUGGACGAUGUUGCCCAAGAAGCUCCGCUAUUCUCUCAGUGCUUGAAGUAUGCUUGUCCAAAUUGCGCACGUCGGCUGCGCUCUGCAAAGCAGAAGAUGGUCUGUGGACAUACGCCUAGAUGUCCUGUCGCCCGCGUAUCGAUCUUUGAUGCGGCAUUAGAAGAGACACCUGGCCAUCUUGGGUCCUCACCCCGGGAAAUUCUCACCGAACCACCUUCAAAGGUAAAGGCACUCAUAGAUGAUCUGCAAAAGCAGCCGUCGGACGUCAAGAGCAUCGUAUUUUCAACGUGGCGCCUUACACUAGACGUUAUAGAAAGCGGCUUGAACCAACACAAUAUCUCAUGCGUUCGUUUCGAUGGAAAAGUGCCACAGACGCAGCGCCAAGUCGUUCUCAACCGCUUCAAGACCGACCCCAAUGUUCGCAUUAUGCUCUUGACACUGUCGUGCGGAGCAGUCGGUCUUACAUUGACUGAAGCAUCGCGGGCUUACCUCAUGGAGCCUCACUGGAACCCCACAAUUGAAGAACAAGCACUCGCACGUAUCCAUCGCAUCGGCCAAACACGCCCCGUGACUACCGUGCGGUUCUACGUCCAAGGCUCUUUCGAGAAACGCGUCAUGGAGGUUCAGGAAUCGAAGAAGAACCUUGCCGGCGUGCUGUUAUCCGGCCACGACGGCGGACAGGCUGAUGAUAGCCUGGGGGCGCUGCAGGGAAGAUGUACGUUUAUGACUCUCGCUCUGAUUGGUAGAACAGCAUAG